AUGGCUCAGGUGUCUCAUAAGGUGAUAAUUCUCCCGUAUUUGAUCAAACAUAUUCCUAAAUCACCGCAUCUCAACGAAAAUGCCAUCGUUUAUGCCUUUGAUCUGGAUCAUACCAUCAUUAAACCGAAAUCGGGCUCUAAGUUCAGUCGGGGCGUGGAUGACUGGAUGUUUAUGAAAUAUACAGAGAGAAAUCCACAAUUGGAUACUCUUGAGUUGCUUACAAGGCUUAUUGAAAAUGAACCCUUGGCUCAUAUUGUCAUCUUUUCGAAUCAAGGCGCUGUCACAGCAGUACCGUCAAAUUCGAAAAGUUGUACGAAAUACGUUGGCAAGGUCAAUGCGAUUUUGAGUCAAAUUGCCAAGAAUGACAGGUCCAGAGUUUUAUUAGAAAGACUUUGGGUGUAUGCUUCGCCCAAAUGCCCGGCGUCCUUUUUAAAGAAGCGCGGUGUGAAACCAAAUAGAGUGAACAAAGUGGCUACCGUGACCAAAAAUGAUGCUAUGACGACGUCAAUUGACGUAAGCACAUUCUCACUUAUGCGAAAACCAAAUAGCGGAAUGUACGACGAAUUUCAGAAAGAUAUGAAAUGUGGUUUUGAUGUUAAAUAUUACUGCGGGGACGCUGCUGGUCGGGCCCAGGAUUUCAGCGACAGCGACAAACAAUACGCCGCUGGACUUGGCAUUGAUUUCAAAACUCCAGAAGAAGUUUUCGGGAACGCGGGAAUAAACGCAGCAGCGGUUUGA